AGGCUUUGGAAAGUCCCUACCCACACUCCCUCUAUAAUAUAUUUCAUCGCUUUCUGUCACUAUAUAUACAAGUCUUGGUGUAUGUGUAUAUAUAUAUACACACAUACGUACGCUGCAUUCUGGGUUUGCCGUUGUCUCUCUGGGCACUUGGUGCCUUGUUCAAGAUCAAAAAGCCAUAAAUGAUGUGGGGAGAAACUGGGAUUAAACCUGAUGGAGAACUUAAAGUAAGUUUCGGCUAUCAAUGCAAUGGCUACAGAGGAAGCUCUUUUGAGGUUUCCAAUGGAUUUGAAAUUAUCCCUGAAAUCCGAAAGACCAGCAGCUUCUCCUGCUUGUCUGGUGCCGCCUUGAGUGCCAAUGCCACACUGGCAAACACAAAUAUUUGCAACGGUUUGAUAGGAGCAGAAAUUCUUCCUAGUUUGGAUUCCCCUAAUUCAUUUCGUAAGGUACCGUCUUCACCAAACCUUUCAAGGUUGGAUAUAUUAUCAUCUUCUCUUCAGAGUAGCUUGUCAAACUUAAGUUGCAGUCCUUCCCCUCCAAGUGAUCAUGAUUCUUAUUUGUUGAAACCUAAGAGCGCUCCUUCAAGAAGUGAAGGUUUUCUUAAUGCUAUGGACGUACAAGUGGCAGGUGGGGCUGCUGGUGAAGACAGGGUUCAAGCUGUUUGUUCUGAAGAAAAUGGGUGGCUCUUUUGUGCAAUCUAUGAUGGCUUUAAUGGAAGAGAUGCAGCUGAUUUUCUGGCUUGUACGCUGUAUGAGACCAUCAUAUUUUACUUUAAUUUAUUAGGAUGUGAAUCAAAGCAGGAUUUCUCAAGAGCUUCUGACAUUCUGUAUUUGGAUCAGUCCUUCCAACAUACUCUAGAUGAUAGUAAUAUUAUCCACGAGGAAAAGCUUCCAUCAAGAAUUCGUAGUAACAAGGAUUCAUGUCUUGACCAUAUCAACAAGAAUGGAUCAUCUGAUAGAAUAGAAUCCUCAUCCAACUCAUUUCGGCAUGGGGUACUUGAUAGCUUCGUACAGGCCCUUAAUCAGGCUGAGAAUGAUUUUUUGAACAUGGUUGAGCAGGAAAUGGAGGACCGUCCUGAUUUGGUUUCAAUAGGAUCUUGUGUUUUAGUUGUGCUUAUUCAUGGGAACGAUUUGUAUACACUCAAUUUGGGUGACAGCAGAGCUGUAUUGGCAACAUAUGGUGAAGGCGAUGACAUGACUGGGAAUGAGAGACUGAAAGCUAUCCAGCUCACUGAUAGUCACACUGUUGACAAUGAGGUUGAAAAAAAUCAACUUCUAUGUGAUCAUCCUGAUGACCCAAUGACCGUUGUAGCUGGAAAAGUGAAAGGAAAGUUGAAGCUCACUCGUGCUUUUGGAGUUGGUUACUUAAAAAAGAAAAAACUGAAUGAUGCGCUGAUGGGUAUUCUUCGAGUUCGAAACCUUAUAAGCCCUCCAUAUGUAUCUACUCAACCAUCACUGAAUGUGCGUCAAAUUUCAAAAUCUGAUCACUUUGUUAUAGUUGGCAGUGAUGGUUUGUUUGAUUUCUUCAGCAAUGACGAGGCAGUAAAGCUUGUCCAUUCUUAUAUCUUGAGCAACUCUUCUGGUGAUCCAGCAAAGUUUCUAUUGGAGCAGCUUGUAGAGAGAGCAGCCCACCGUGCAGGUUUCAGUAUGGAAGAAUUGAUGAAUGUUCCAGCUGGGAGGAGGAGGAAAUAUCAUGAUGAUGUAACUGUAAUUGUGAUCAUCCUUGGAACAAACCAGCGCACCACAAAGGCAUCAACUUGCAUAUAAGUUUUUAAGAAUGCCAUCUUCCAUCUUGCAGUAGUGUAUGUCUGGUGGUUUCUACCCUAUAGGUGUACUUCUCAAACUGUAUAUACGUAAUGUCAGAAACACUUUUGUUCUUGUUCUGUACAAAAAUUUAUUAUUACCACAUUCUUGUAUGACACUCACAAAUUGCACGGCUGCCCUUGUCUGUAUGUAAGGCAAGCAUUGUUUUCAUUGUGGUGAGAAACUUGCAAAGGUGGUUCAUAAAUUUGAUUGAAUAUGGUCAAGUGUUCCCAUA